AGUGAUCAUUGUUUGUUUAGGCAGCAUAGUGCUUGUGACUCGAAAUCAUACAAAAAAUCAGCUAUCGAUUCAUCAUGGAUUUGAAGACUUCAUUUUCCCCAACAACCUCAUCGUCAUCAACGCCACCUUCUUCCUCUUCGUCACUCGCUCCAGCAACCGUACCAUCCAGAUCAAUACUAAGAGCUUGUGACCACAAGGAUCUCACCUUCGAGCAGUACAUCUGGAAGGUGUGGGUUAUUCUGCAGACCAAGAGCUACAAGCCUCACGACGUGCAGAUCCUUCCGGUGGCGCCAAUGGUCGAAACGCUGGACGCCAUGUGCCACAGGCUUGACCUGAUCGAACAAUUCUCAACAGUUCUGUUCGAUCCUUACACAAUAAGUAAGAUCCUGAAGCACUUUCCUUACGCCCGAGUCAAGUUGGUGAAAUACUUCCAGUGGUUGGAAAAGAUUAAGGGAAAUUUCGUGUGGCAACUGGGGCAGAAGGUUAGCGACGAGGUUGAUAGAUCUUGGGGCAACCGUCGAGCGAUGCACUUGCUGGGAUACAGCUCGAAUCUUCGGCUGGGAACCAUGCUCAUGGAAACGGGUUGGUUCGCAGAGUCGAUCAUCGUGCUGGAUCUGGCGCAGCAACAAGCUGGGUACGAACCGGUGAAGACCCUUCAGGUGCUCCGAGUCUUGCUAAUGUCGGAGAGUUUGUCCGGUCGACACGAAGCGGCAUCAGAUACGAUCAAACACAUCGAAGCCCUGCUUUGUCAGCCGGUCUCGAUCACGACCAAUCUGGUAGCGGCCCUUCAUCAGGCAAUGUCGGUGAGCUUCUUCGAGAACUGCGAAUUCGACCUGAGCUACCAGCAUGGACUGAUUGCGUUGCGGUUGCUCGGCGAGCAGGUCUGCGUCUCAUCGACGAUCAUCAACACCUAUCGACAAAUGGCCAGAUGUUGCAUCGCGAAGAAGCGAUCUCAUCAGGCAAAUCUAAUGAUCACCCAAGCGGUCAUUUGGGCACGACAAGCUUUCGGGAUGACGAGCGUAUACUACGCUGAAGUUCUGGAGGACUUCGCAUUUUGUCUGCUUGCGAUGAACAAAAACUACCUUCAGGUGUACGACGACGCAUUGGAAAUCUAUCUGGCGAAAUAUGGUGAAGAUUUCAAUCGACUGGAUGUGGCGCAGGGAAAUCUCGCCCUUGGAUUGUUCAUAAGGAAGUAUGCGUACGGAAUCGAAAUUCCAAAUGAAGAAGUUGGUUCUGAGAAAUCAAGCUAUGAUAACAGAGAACGAUUAGCGGCAAAACGCGUCAAGGCAUUGGAUUUAGCUGUUCGGGAGUAUCAAUCAAUAUUCAAUCCACUGCUAGAUAUGGACGAAACGGAAGAUGAGUUUAGCAACAGGGUGGAGCGGCUUGCGAUCAGUGUGGUGCAGAAUGAGUUUCAAAUUCUGGAUUUUAUGCCGUGAAAUAUCAGUAUCAAAGUCUUAUUGUGUUUUUAGUAAACAAUAUAAAUAAAAUAAUUGCAUGUAACAAAAUUUUUGUAUAUUUCUUUUAACAACAAACUAACAAAAUGCGGUUGAAUUUGAUGAAUCCUAUCAUAUAUACCAGCGAUUCUCAACCUUCUUCUAGGCUGAUACCCCCUACCAUGUAAAUCAAG